CAAUGAGAGGGCAGUUACGCGUGUGAACAACGGGCACUACGAUAAAAUGCUUUUUUUUCUCUAAAAGUUGCCGGGAUGUUACGUGUCCGACUUAUAUCAGUACACUCGUAACAACCUAACCAUUGCGAAACGUAUAUUCUAUUAAUUAAGCCACACUGAGCAAAUAAACUAUUAUAUUUGUGUUGACCAAAUUCGAAACACACGUUAACCUCCAUACUAAAACUCUAGGAUUGGUGAGCGGGAAAAAACGCCACCUCCCGGAGAAAAAAUAUUUUGGGAGAAGUUAACCUUAUCCCUCUCGCUUCGCCUCUUUCUCUCUGACUGUUCAGUGUUUUGUGCGCCACGGCACUUCACGGACGUAGGCUGCAUUGGGACUGUGGACCGAUAUCAUAGCCUACCUUAUUGUUGGACUCGUGGGAAAUUCAUAACACUUUGGAGAUGAAGUAGUCAGAUUCAAAAACGAUUUUAGCAAUAUCGUAUUCUGUAAAAGGACUGUAUCCUUUGUCCUUUAAAAGCGGUUGUGUAUUUAGACUAAUCCUGCUCUGUUCGGAACUCAAUUUUGAAAUUAAACUUUCUCCUAUUCAAUUUCCCAGUCUGGACUACCAGAAAUCAAGGUUGAUUUGUGGAUUAUCUGGACCAGAACUCACCGUAGCUGUUUGAAGGACCACAAUGGCUGGGUACUCUAGAGACCUGGUUCAAACCUUGCCUUGACAACACAGUUUACAAUUAAAUGUGAGAAAGACACAACCAUCACAUAACUCUCAGCACCAAUCAGGUGUUUCUGGUCUUGUUACAAAUUAAAUCAGACUUCAUCAGACAUCACCAUGCCUAUUCUCAAGCAGCUAACCUUGAACCAGUCCAAGCGUCGCUCCCGGGCCGACCUGACUGUGGAGAUGAUCAGCGCCCCUCUGGGGGACUUCAGACACACCAUGCAUGUGGGUCGUGGCGGGGACGCCUUCGGGGACACCUCUUUCCUAAGUACCCGGUCUGGGGAGCCCCCUAAAGAACAAGUUCCAGAGGUCCAGCAGAGCUCCCCUGGACCCAAACCAGGCCUGCUGUCCCGAACCUUCAGGAGCAGCAAGCGCUCCCAGUCGGUGAACCGCGGUGACAUGUACAAGAACAACUCGUUGGCGCCCCACGGUGGCUCGCCAAACUUUGUGAAGAACGCCAUCUCCCUUCCCUACCUCAAUGACGAGGACGUGGUCAGGAUGGGCGGUGGUCAGCAGAUGCCCAAGAGCGUCUCCUCCAGCCCUCUGAAGAAGCUGCCCGAGGUCGAUGGAAUCAGCAAACCAGUCAACGGUGCCUCGGCCAUGGCGAUGCUGGAUCUGGAGUUUGACGAGCGUAACUUUGGAGAACUGACUGACCUGCCCCCAUCACAUCAUCGGGGUGGUGGGAUGAAGCACGCGGAGUCCGUCAUGUCAUUCCACAUUGACCUGGGACCCUCCAUGCUGGGGGACAUCCUCAGCGUCAUGGAAAAGAAGGGCUGGGAGGAAGACGACCUGGGGUACGAGGAGGGGAAGGGCAGUGAGGGCCGCGGGUCACCCCCCUUUAGCCCUCCCACCACGGAGGAUGAGAUCGAGGACCAGGUGGAUCUAAAGGCUCCAGUCAGGCCCCCACGCACCUAUCCUCAGCAGAAGGUCAUGGCCGACCCCCUCCACACCCCUCGCAGGAACUACCACCCCCACAGCCACCUGGACAGCUGCUCCGUGUCCUCCUCCGGCUCUGCCGCUCUUGAGGAGAAACCACUCCACCACCUGCAGGAGGGGGACACGGACAGCGCCAAGUACAGCUCUCGGGGGGCUGGAGGGGAGGACGAUAAAGACUUCUCCUUCAUGGAUGAGGAUGAUGAUGAGAUCAGGGUGUAAAACAGAACAGGGCUGUAAUGUCACCACCACAGAACGUGGUUAAUAAGGACACCAGAACGUGGUUUGUGAAGUCCCCGAAGGAGACAAUUAUUUUUCAUGAGUUUUGAUGCUAUAAUAAGUCUGGGAGGGGUUGGGAGCACGAUAAAGACUGGAAAAAUCCCCACAAAUGGAUCUAUCCUGAGAACUUCUAUACGGGGACAUCCUGUUCUGCUAUACCUCCUGGAUCAGGAAUACCCAUACACCAUCUGUUAUUUAACCUUAUUUACUCGUGUGUGUGUGUGUCCAACUGUUAAUGGAAACGAAAAUGCCUGUCCCAUGAGUCCAUUUCUCCAGCCCAUUACAGAAUUCCGUGUCGACCACUAACUCACACACACACACACACAGACACACACACACACACACUGCAACUCUGAGACACCAGUUAUUGGUUUGAGGGAUUCUUUUUUUGUAGAACUAUGAUCUGUCAUUAUGAUGAUCUAAUCCCACAGUUCCAAUAUGUCAUUAAAGUGUGUUUUCUCCUUAUAAGGGGAUCAACCCUUAUAUCCACUCAUAUUCAACAUGAACCAUAUCCCACCAUUGUCUUUCCAUUCAGAGGAUUUCCCUUCAUGGUUACCAUAGCUACAGUCCUGGCUACAGUACUAGCAUAUUCCUUAUUGCCCAUUAUUAGGUAAGGGAAAACCUACCAGCGGUCAUGACACUGAUUGUCACAUUCUUUCAAAGCGGACAUAUGGAGAUGGACAGAGGUCACAGAGGUCGAAGCAUGAACUGUUGAUCACCCAGGUGGAGGUGUAAUGCAUGGGGUGUAGAGUCAUGUGAGGUCACGGACUGAACUGUAUAUUUCCCACACUGCUUUGGAGAAAGGAAGUGAAAUGUAUCCCAGCAUUCUUUGGGGCAUUGACUGGAUUGUAUGUGUAUGUGUGUAUUGAGUGAGGUGAGAUGCAGUUAAAAUAUUGGUUUUGUUAAUGUUCAAGGGGUAAAUAAAGGUUGCUUCUCCUAUGUUUACUACAUACAGAAUUGAUAAGUUGGUCUUCAGGUUCUUAAUCAAUGGCACAACUUGGUUGUUCAUUAUUCCAACCAUCUGCUUUAUUGUACUCUUCACUAGACAUACUCUAUACAGCCAACACACUCUGAAGUCCUAAAUGAUCAGUUAGAUUGUUUCGUUUGUUAUCUAAUAACUACUUCUAAUAAGGGGUCGAUCAUAUUGUGCACUGUUUUAAGUCACCAUGUUGAUUGGAGGAAUUUAGUUAAAGGUUGGAUUUUGGUGAUUUUGAUUUUAGUUGUUCUAAAGCCUAACGUACUAGGCUACUCAGUGAGUUGAUUAGGCUAGGUUUGGGUUUGGCCGUGAGUCCAUGGCACUUUAGCUUAGAUCAAUGGACUCAGUCAUAUAUCCCCUGCAAGCACUGCCAAGGUGUAGCAACAGCUCACUCCCUAAAACACUAACUAUUGUACACAACAAAUCUUUGUUUUGUUUCCAUGUACAUGUUUUAAAUUAACUUGACUUAUUAUUAAAUACAAAAAAAUGAAAAUGUUGAAAAUAAAUGGCCUUUUUGUAGAAGCUUUCAUGACCAGUAGUGCUUUUAUUGUACAAAUGUUUAGAAACCAAUGGAAACAAAUACAUAACUCACAGGAGCAGAGAUGGUGGUUGUGAACAAGAGAAGUGACUGUAAAGUAGACUGUCAUAUCUAUGUGGUCAUCUCUUCCCCCAUACACACCCCAGGCUUGUAGGAUCAGGAGAAAGAGAGGAGUUUGAAGGGGGAGGGUAUCAGUAAUAGGAGAACACUAGUUAUAAGUGACAAUAUUACCCUCCUCUCGCCAUUGUGACACGCAGACCUGGCUACUGUAGGAGCAGAUUGAAUCAGCACACCCUCUGGCUUCCCUCUCAUUCAUAAACAUACUGUAGGAGCAGAUUGAAUCAGCACACCCUCUGGCUUCCCUCUCAUUCAUAAACAUACUGUAGGAGCAGAUUGAAUCAGCACACCCUCUGGCUUCCCUCUCAUUCAUAAACAUACUGUAGGAGCAGAUUGAAUCAGCACACCCUCUGGCUUCCCUCUCAUUCAUAAACAUACUGUAGGAGCAGAUUGAAUCAGCACACCCUCUGGCUUCCCUCUCAUUCAUAAACAUACUGUAGGAGCAGAUUGAAUCAGCACACCCUCUGGCUUCCCUCUCAUUCAUAAACAUACUGUAGGAGCAGAUUGAAUCAGCACACCCUCUGGCUUCCCUCUCAUUCAUAAACAUACUGUAGGAGCAGAUUGAAUCAGCACACCCUCUGGCUUCCCUCUCAUAAACAUACUGUAGGAGCAGAUUGAAUCAGCACACCCUCUGGCUUCCCUCUCAUUCAUAAACAUACUGUAGGAGCAGAUUGAAUCAGCACACCCUCUGGCUUCCCUCUCAUUCAUAAACAUACUGUAGGAGCAGAUUGAAUCAGCACACCCUCUGGCUUCCCUCCACCCUCUCAUUCAUACACAUACUGUAGGAGUAGAUUAAAUCAGCACACCCUCUGGCUUCCCCCCACCCUCUCAUUCAUAAACAUACUGUAGGAGUAGAUUAAAUCAGCACACCCUCUGGCUUCCCUCCACCCUGUCAUUCAUGAACUUAGUUGGCUGAUCGGUCGGUAACCAAACCAACGACUCAUCCAUUCAUGAGUCAUAUGUUUGGGAAAGGAAAAGACAGGCGCGCCUGUUCCCUUUCCCUUUAGAUUCCUCUGACAGUAUUUGCAUCCCAAAUGGCACCCUAUUCCCUAUAUAGCGCACUACAUUUGACUAGGGCCCAUAAGGCUCUGGACAAAAGUAGUGCACUAUAUUGGGAAUAGGGUGCCAUUUAGGAUGAAUGAAGUGUGACUAUAGGUCCCCCUCCCUCUCAUUAAUUUGGUCAGAUAAAAAUCUAAUCUGUUAAAGUAAAGAAGGAAGUCCCUGCUCAUGCCUUCCUGGAUCCCUGAGUAUUGUCGCGUUCAAAACAACUGGGAAUCUCUGAACUAAGUCUGAUUGGGAAAAUAAUGUUGAACAGUCAUCCAAGUCGGAAACUUGGGCAUCUUUCUAAAACGGACUUUAUUUUCCGAAGAUCAUUGAUGUUGCGAUUUGACCUAGUUUUUUCCUCAGAGUUCCCAGUUCUCAUAAUCUUUUCACUUCAUGCUUGAGUGAGAGAAAAUUACAUUUGUGCCAUAUGUGACACUGGGGAUCACUGUUUUUGUUCCCUGUUAUGGUGUUGGUUGGUUGUUUGGAAGGGGGAACACAUUAUCCAAUGGUAUUAGGUUAGGGGAGGAACCUAAUGCCAGGCAGGAUGUCACAUCACUCAGCCAUAUGUUCAUGCUAUGUAUGUUAGAGUUCCAUGUGUACAUGUCUGUAUUAAAGAGAGAUCGGUUCAGAGAUUAAAAUGACCAGGUGGAAAUGUGCCAAGUAUGUAUGUAAUCAUCCUCUGACAUGUCAUAUUGAGUCUUGAUGUCUGAAGGAAACAUUUAGGGGCUACAGCAGUACAGGGAACUUACAUCUCAGGCCUCUCACGCUGUUCAUUUGUAAAUGGGCCAAAUUUAGGAUUUCUUUGUUAUGUUCUUAUUGUUUUAAACUCAGUUGCUUGUUCCAUUGUUGUUCCAUUGUUGUAGAAUAUAUAACUUUUUUUUUUUUUUGAAUAUGUCUAUGGAAAGUGGGUUAAACUGUUGCAAUCACUUAGCUGUUCUUCACCAAUGCUGGGACACUUUAUAAAUAACCUUUUUAAUUUUCUAUCAAAGCACUCAUAUCUGUCCACCCCCAUUUUAUUUGCUACUGAAGUGAAGUAGAUAAAUACUAAUGGUGCCAUCCAUGAUGGGGGGGAAGAGUCAUACAAGGGGAAGGGAUUGUGAAAAAGAACUGGUUUAAAGGUUCAGCUGGAGUGUUUCCUUUUUUUCUACUCUGUGGCUAAUUUUUAUGCCAGGUAUGUGCUACUUUUCUUUUUCUUUUCUCAUUCUACUGUAUAUAUAUAUACUGAACAAAAAUAUAAAUGUAACAUGCAACAAUUUCAAAGAUUUCACUGAGUUAUAGUUCAUGAGGAAAUCAGUCAGUUGAAAUAAAUUCAUUAGGCCCUAAUCUAUGGAUUUCAUGACUGCGAAGGUCAAACAUACCUUAAAAAAACGGGCCUCAGUAUCGCUGAACAUUAAAAUUUCCAUAGAUUUAAAAUGAAAUUAAAUCAACUGUUGUUUAUGCCUGCCCAUACCAUAACCCCACCACCACCAUGGGGAACUCAUGUUCACAACGUUGACAUCAGCAAACCGCUCGCCUACACGCCAAUACACGUGGUAUGCGGUUGUGAGGCCGGUUGGAAAUACUGCCCAAUUCUCUAAAACAAUGUUGGAGAUGUCUGAUGGUAAACAAUUUAACAUUACAUUUUCUGGCAACAGCUCUGGUGAACAUUCCUGCAGUCAGCAUGCUAAUUGCAUGCUUCCUCAAAACUUGAGACAUAUGUGGCAUUGUGUUAUGUGCACAUUUCAGUGGCCUUUAAUUUUCCCCAGCACAAGGUGCAUCUGUGUAUUGUUCAGGCUGUUUAAUCAGCUUCUUGAUAUGCCACCCCUGUCAGGUGAAUGGAUUAUCUUGUCAAAUGAGAAAUGCUCACUAACAGGGAUGUUAACAAAUUUUUGCACAAAAUUGAGAGAAAUUUUGUGCGUAUGGAACAUUUCUGGGAUCUUUUGUUUCAGCUCAUGAAACAUGGGACCGACACUUUACAUUUUGUGUUUAUGUUUUCGUUCAGUGUAUUUACCUCCCUCACACGUCCUACUCUUUUGAAAUACCAGCUAUAUUUUUCAAUAAAAAGAAAGUUGGUCAUCUUUA